CGUCUUUUACACAGAGACACUCUCCCUCUCUCCCUCUCUCUCUCCCCACACAGAUGGAAUUUUCACUGCAGCAGCUGAAGCAAUUCGACGGCUCAGAUGCAAGCAAGCCCAUCUACGUAGCCGUGAAGGGCCGAGUCUUCGACGUCUCAACGGGCAAGAGCUUUUACGGCCCGGGCGGGCCCUACUGCAUAUUCUCUGGCAAGGACGCGAGCCGUGCGCUGGCGAAGAUGAGCAAGAACGAGGAAGAUGUUUGCGCAUCGCUCGACGGCUUGACGGAGAAGGAGAUGGGAGUUCUCAACGACUGGGAGAAGAAAUUCGAAGCUAAGUAUCCGGUAAUCGGACGUGUCGUUUGAUUUCUCACUCUCUCGUUCUCUUUUAUUAUCUGAAAGUUUAUAUGAAUGUGUAUGGAUUUAUAUAAGAUAAGGAGCUUUUGAAGGGGUGGAUGUUAAAUGGGGUGGGUGUGUUUGUAUGUGGAUGGGGGUGUUUGGGGUAAUUUGAUGGAAUAAAUGAAGGAUGUGUGGAUUUUUA